AAGUCAGUAUCCCGGCAACCCCCACGCAGCAAGGACCUUGAAGUGUGUCGUUUGUGCAGUGUGAUGCAGGUAUAUCAAACAGCCUGGUCAGGAUUUGCAAACAGUGUUGCUGCAAGACCUUCCACACCCAUUGGUCUGAGUCAGCCCAGCAAUGUCGUGCCCCACAGAUGAGUAAAUCAGGCAGUGCCCCGUGGUGGGUGGUAGUGACGGGCGCCUCGCAGGGCUUCGGGGCAGCGAUCUGCAGCGAGCUGGCCCCGCUGCUGCCACCGGGCUCAAGGGUGCUGGGCCUGGCGCGCUCCCAGCAGGGUCUCGCCACCACGGCAGCCGCGGUCACCAAGGCCAAUCCCGCUGUCACGUUCAGCCCAGUAGUGAUGGAUCUUGGAAUAGCCACGACGCAGGACUACGAGGCAACCCUUAAGAAGUACCUCGGGGCAGACCAGUCCACUCCGCCCUCCCAGGCCUUUAUCUUCCACAACGUCGGGUCCCUGGGCGACCUCAAAUAUCUUGCCGACAUGGAUGACCCGACCUACCUCUCCUCCUACUUCAACCUCAAUAUUGGCUCGGUGAUCCUGCUCAACGCUGCUUUCAUGAGACUCAUCUCGGCAAUAUCUGGCAAAGUGACAGUCAAGGUCAUACACGUCUCUUCCUUGUGUGCCGUGGAGCCCUUCAAAAGCUGGGGCCUCUACUGCACUGGCAAGGCUGGUAGAGAUAUGCUCUUCAGGGUGCUGGCUGCCGAGUAUCCAGAUAUCAGAGUGCUUAACUAUGCUCCUGGGCCUCUGGAUACCAACAUGCAGGUCGAGGGUCGCACCCUCACUCGAGAUGAAGAACUCCGUAAGCUUAUGUCGUCCAUGAAGGAGGAGGGAAAGCUGGUCCCCUGCGACGCCUCGGCCAAGAAACUGCUGCAGAUCAUACAGAAAGAUGAAUUCAAAUCAGGCGAGCACAUUGACUUCUUCGAGGUCUGACGCCGCUCUUAAUCUUAAUCUUGACAGUGGCAUGGUUUCUCCACUGUCAUCUAUAUCGGCAUCGCCAGCAGCAAAAAGAAAGAAGAAACAAGAAAAGAAACGAUAAUCAGCAAUAGAAUGUUAUUCUCUACAUCUGCCAUGUCAUAUUCUUGAUAUUGCCAUAAUCAUCCCUUGCCUUUCCACACAGUCCCAGCACACACACACACACACACACACACACACACACACACACACACACACACACACACACACA